AUGGAUUACCUCGACGGUCUCGACGCGCAGACCUUGAAUCUGAUCAUCCAAACCCAGCUUGAGGACCUCCAAGAAAUUGCACGCACUCAUGCGCCCAAGGGUAAGGGCCGCGUGGGGCAGCAGGACACCCGCGCCGACCUGAUCGCUGCCAUCGACGCUUAUAGCGCCGAUUUGACGGCCACGGCCCAGAUCUUGGCCGAUGAGGCCAUGUGCAAGAGCAUCGCUACCGCCGUGGACGCCGAUGCCGACUUGAUCAGCGCCGCCUUGUCGCAGGAGGACCAAUUAAUCCAGGACAGAGAGCUGGCCUUCCGCUUGAGCGGCCAGCCACGCCCGGCCGCUACCAGAGCCCAAAACAUUUCCCAGAAGUCGUUCAUGUCGACUACCACUGACGAACACGUUCUCGGGAAGUUGAGGGCGCUCAACCUUUCGCCUUCCCCAGGCCCCGCCGCUGCUCGUUUGUACCCGGAGCAAACGCACGCCGACCGCCCCGAGUCCUCCUCCUGGGCUCAAAGCAGGCGCCAGAUUGUUCUCGGCACCACGACGGUAGUACGGAAGCCAGCGGUACCUGUAGUGAGCAGAACCUGUGUCGCCUGUACCGAAAUCCACCCGGUCACUCGUCUCGCCAAAAGUCCCUCCUGCGGUCACGAAUACUGCCAAGACUGCCUCCGGUCGCUAUUCACAUCCUCCUUCACCGACGAAACCCUUUUCCCCCCCAAGUGUUGCGGCAAGGUCCUCCCCAUCGACACGUGCAAAGCCUUCCUCACACAAACCAUUGUCGGGCAGUACCAGGCUAAGAAAGUCGAGUUCGAAACCCCCAACCGGACUUACUGCCAGAGGAAGUCCUGCUCGGCAUUCAUACCGCCACAAUUCAUCCUCGGCGGGAUCGCCUAUUGCCCCCAGUUAGGGUGCCGCGGCCAGACGUGCUCAGUCUGCAAGGGCGCGGCCCAUUCUGGUACCGACUGUCCCAAGGAUCCCGCUACGCAGGACAUGCUUAAGCUGGCGGCCGCGGAGAACUGGCAACGCUGCUACUCGUGUUCCCGUUUUGUAGAGCUGGAUACCGGCUGUAAUCAUAUUACCUGCCGCUGCGGUGCCCAGUUCUGCUAUGUCUGCGGCGAGGUCUGGAAGAGGUGCGGGUGUGACCAGUGGGACGAGAGGAACCUACUCAACCGCGCCAACGUUGUUGUAGACCGGGAUCCCAGGGCGAGAGAGAUGCCCCAAAUUCUGCGGCAGGACAUGGUACACCGGGAGAUGGCCAACUUGAUGGAGAAUCACGAGUGCCAGCAUAGGUCCUGGAGGUCGCGUGGCGGCAGCCACCAGUGUGAGGAGUGUUACCACACCCUUCCCAACUUCAUUUAUGAGUGUCGGCAGUGCCAGAUCCUGGCAUGCCGCCGCUGCCGCUUUAAUCGGCUCUAG